AUGGAUCCGUAUAAGACUGGGAAUAUCCAGGCCACUGAUGUCGCGAAAGAUGGAACACAGACCAACCUUGUCGAGCCUGAAGAUGUACCUGAAUACAGGACCUUCUACACCACUGCUACUACGCGAAGUGUGUUCGAUGAUUCGAAUCUAGCCAAAUACUACCAGCCACACCCACAGAACGAAAAUUUGCAUCAGAGAUCGGUGCGCCAAAAAACCGACUUCAAGGUCUUUCUAUGGAUCCUCGUCGUGUUCUUUGGGCUGAACAUUGAUCGAGGCAACUUGGGAAAUGCCUCCGCCGAUAAUCAUUUACCUGACCUAGGCAUCAACACCAACGAUUACAAUAAUGCGCAGGACAUGUAUCGAACCGGUUUCUUGAUCGCUGAAAUUCCGUCUCAAAUGAUCGGUAAGAGACUCGGUCCAGACCGAUGGAUCCCCGUUCAGAUUAUUCUAUGA